AUGACUAUAAAGGCAAACCGCAAUGCUGAGCACAACAAACUUGGUACCACAACCACGUCCAAAGAUUAUCAGUAUCCGAAAGCAGUGGUGUUUGAUCUAGACUACACUUUAUGGCCGUGCUGGUGUGACACUCAUAUCGAUACCCCAAUAAAAUCAGUGUCUUCGACACAGGUAAUUGAUAGAUCAGGCAUGAGACUUUCCUUUUAUCCACAUGUUGAAUCCAUAAUACAGGAACUAGUUGCAAAUGACGUGAAAAUAAUAGGUGCUAGCCGGACAGCUACGCCUCAGGUGGCAAAGAAACUUUUGUCGAUGCUCCAUAUCAAUGACAAACCCGCGAUAACAUACUUUGACUCACUUCAGUGGGGCCAGGGUUCCAAGAUCAAACAUAUCGGUUUGGCUGCAAAGCAACUAGGUAUGAGCCAAGAGUUACAAGAAGGCGAGUUUGUACUUUUUGAUGACGAAUUGAGGAACAGAGAUGUGAAAAAUAUCAAAGUUCACUUUGUUCAUGUCCCGGAUGAAUCAAAGGGCCUAACAAGGCAAAUAUUUGAGCAAGGACUCCUAUCUCGAUAG